AUGGCUCGAGCAACAUCGAAAAAGGCUACCAAGCCCCUACAGGAUCCGAGAUUACCACCGCCGCCCUUUACAAAAGCACCGGAGGCUCUGGAAGCUUUUGUCGAAAGUCUGGACAAAGCCCACGUCUACAUUGUCCAUGUCGACCGAUUCCCUGCAGCGUUCAAGAAGCGCAUCUUCACCGUUCCCGUCCUCCUCAACAUUGCCAUCGCCGCACUGCUCGCAUGGCGACUCUAUGCCAUCCUUCCUACAUACCUGGCAAUCUUCACCUCGGUGAUUGGCCUCGAAUCGCCUGCAACCGUUGACACAGCCGGCCAGACCAAGUCACAUCUGGCAUGGGUCUUGACAAAGCGCGUGGCCAUGUUCAUGUUCGACUUUGUCCUCUGCCGCUUCAUUCUACCCUGGCCCAUCACCUUUUUCCUCGAGGCGCCUGCCAACCCAUGUUACUGGCGCAUCAAGGUCGGUUUCGGCGAUCAAGAAGUCGCUGUACGCAUCAGCCGCGAUUGGGGCACUGAAGAGCUAUUGGAUGGCGUAAAGACUGGAGCAGAUAGCCCGUUCUUCACAACGCGCAUUUUGCCGGCAAUCGAACGCAACUACAUGCGCCAGAAGACGGCAUACCUUAUGAUGGGCAAGGAUUGGGACCUGGACUUUGGUGCCAUGGUGAAGGCGCAUCGCUUGAUCGACGACAAGGAGAACAGUCUCAAGGACUUUGAAAAGAGUGUACUCGCGUACAGUGAACAACAUGGAUGGCUGUACUGGGCUGUGCACAAAUUGGACGAAGAGGGCGAGGAAGAGGAGAACAGGAAAAAGAUUGUCGCGCUCAAGGACCGCUUGACCGUCAUGGGCAAGGAGAGUCUGUUCUUCCGCUGGAUCGAAAUCGUGCAGUACGAGAGCAGUCGUCCUGGCGAUUUCACUCCUGAGCGUCAAGUCGAGACAUACAAGAAGGUGCAGCAGGAGUUUGAAAAGCAUGGCGUUGAUUUCAGGGAGCUGCUCGAGAAGGUCGGCGGCUUCGACGGAAUGCCAGGUCUUCCUGCUUCGCAAGCUCCCAUGUGA